UGGCCUAUGUCCCUUACUCGGGGUCAUGGAGACCCUGCUGCCACCAUGACGGCGCCUCUGUCUGAAGAAGGGGAAGUGACCUCCGGCCUCCAGGCUCUGGCCGUGGAGGACACUGGAGGUCCCCCUGCUUCGAUCAGUAAGGCCGAGGAAGACAGGGAAGGAGACCGGGAGGGGGCCAAGCGAGAGGGGCCCGGGACCCAGGAGGCGCAGGAAGAAGCCCCCAGCGCUGUGGGGGAAGAGCCUGCGGAGGGCGACUCUGAGGACUGGUGCGUGGCCUGCAGCGAUGAGGAAGUGGAGCUGCCCGCGGACGGGCAGUCCUGGAUGCCCCCGCCCUCGGAGAUCCAACGGCUCUAUGAGCUUCUGGCUGCCCACGGCACCCUGGAGCUUCAGGCAGAAAUCCUGCCCCGCCGGCCGCCCACACCUGAGGCCCAGAGUGAAGAGGAGAGAUCCGAUGAGGAGCCGGAGGCCAAAGAGGAGGAAGAGGAAAAACCACACAUGCCAACGGAGUUUGACUUUGAUGAUGAGCCAAUGACACCAAAGGAUUCCCUGAUUGACCGGAGACGCACUCCAGGAAGCUCAGCCAGGAGCCAGAAACGCGAGGCCCGCCUGGACAAGGUCCUCUCAGACAUGAAGCGGCACAAGAAGCUGGAGGAGCAGAUCCUUCGCACCGGCAGGGACCUCUUCAGCCUGGACUCGGAGGACCCCAGCCCCUCCAGCCCCCCACUCCGAUCCUCAGGGAGCAGUCUCUUCCCUCGGCAGCGGAAAUACUGAUGGCGCCUGCUCCUGCCUCCAGGGGCAGAGUGCGCACCUGCCGGGCUGGGCCCUCCUUCCCCAGCCCCAGACAGCAGGGAACUUGGGCAGAGGAGAGAAAUACUGAGCUCUGGACACAGAACCUGGUAGGAAAGA